AUGUCAAAAGGAAACAACAGUUCGAGAGAAGAAGCGAAAAAUUUCAAUGAAAUUCGCGAAGCUCGCGAAGUUUUUCUUUUUAUGCAUCGAGAUUUUCGUGUUUCGCGAAAUAUUCGUGCGCUGUGGCUUUUCGAUCAUCUCAACAAAUUUGUUUCCAUUGAACACGCCGAUUUUGAUGUAAAUUCUGUUCGUUCUAUUAAACGUCACUCAUUACGCGAUUUCUUGUUUUUUUAUUUAGGCUUUUAUGUAGGGGAGAAUUACGGGAAGGAAAUAAAGAUUGUUGGAAUUAUCGCAAAGGAUAAUGGUGCUAUCUGCGAAGGGGAGCAGCUAAAAAUUUGUACUGAUACUGUUGUUACAUUUUUAUCGAAACUUUAUCGCUUAGUCUUUGUUCUCGAUCUUAGUCCAUCAGUUUUCGUUGUGGAUGAUUCGCUAGAAUGUGUUUUGCAUGAACGUCUGCUGAACUGUUUGCAGAAAUGUCUUCGUGACUUUAAUUUCCCUGGUACACAAAGGAAAUUUCGACCUCAGUUGUAUAUUAGCAUUUGUGUCUAUACUCCUUUCAUUUCAUUUGAGGAAGAAAAAGUAUUACUCCAGGGAAUUUUAUUGAACUCGGAGAAUAUAGAAAAUAUUUUGGAAUUUGUCCGAAAGAGAUUUACUAAUUUUGUGAAUAAUCUUUGCACAUCUAUGCAACCACAUUUACGAAGAUGGAACAGCGAAUGGAAACGAGAGAUACAAGAUGAAGAAUUCCUUCCGCAAAAUUUUUUUGCAUCACAACCUCAUCAGUCAGAUGAUAAUUGCGUGGGUCGAAGUUCAUCUGCGGCAAGUGGAAACUCCAAAAGAAAAAACUCAGGUAAUUUCACUAGAUCUGAUGAGGGGUUCAUACAUCCGGAAUGGUCUUUAAUUUUUAUGCUUGGUACUGGACUUCUGGGUAUACAAAUGCUUCCAGAAAACACGCAGUCAGGUAUAAUAAUAAUAACAGAUGGUAUAUGUAGUAUGCCUGAUCUUCGUGCACUUCAACAGCUUCUGACCCAAUUACGCAGUUUUACAGUUACUUGUUCUUUUAUCCAGAUCCAGCAGAGGAAUUUCAAUGAAUCCGUAUUUGGUCAUGUAUCUUGUCCUGAGUUACUCCAUUUUUUGGCUAUGGCGACUUUUGGGACAUAUUUACCGGAAUGCCAGUGUUCUAUGCCUGUUAUUUUGCCACCUGAUAUAAACGCCUUUCAUCGUGCCUUACUUUGUUGGAAUUUUCAACGUGCUUUAGCGGAUAAUGUGCAUAUAAGGAAUUUGGUGAAGGAAAUAAAUCCCGGUUUUGCAGAUUUUUACACUAGUGAUAUUGUCCGCCGUCGAUAUUUGUCUGUGGAAUAUGAGACCAGUUUGCCGAAUCUUCUAUAUGUUCGUAUGCGAGAAGGCUAUACGAUCAAAGGAAUCAGGGAACUGUUAAAAGUUUCAUUGAUUUUUGAAGCACCUUACAAUAUUAUGAAAGAUCUUCUGGUCGAAUGUAGCUCCCUCAACCGGCAGAUUACUGCUGACGUCUUCAAAAACUCUAUUAACAGUUUAAUUCAAGCUGAUCAUUUAUUAAUUCACAUACAUUCAUUCAAUCAGCAUCGAGAUUAUUUCUCAUUACCAUCCAAAGUUAAUAGUGAAAAUCCUUUAUUUCGGUUUUUGCCUAAUGGUAGUAAAUCAACGGUAACACUCCAUUCGAGGGAAUUGGAAAGUCAAUCUUCGCUUGAACCAUCAAUUUGUCGGUUUAUUGAAUUUUGGAGAUUAUUAUCUGAUCUUGACGAAGGAAUAUGGCAAAAAUGGGUUCAUACGCAUAUUUUGCGUUUGGUCCUCACACAUGAUCAACCAUUGCCAAAAAAUAUAUUUAUGAAAAAUUGCAACAGUUCAAAAGCUAUGCGAAUAACAUCACAAGAUGCACUUAUUGCUUUAAAUCAAACUUUUUCACAGCUAACAACGUUUCCUUUGGUCAGAAAUCAAUCAUACAUUAAAUUUGUUGGAAGGUUGGAUAAAAAUCAAGUACCAGAAUUUUUUUAUUUAGUGAGAACAAAUGUUGUAGAAUCACCAUUUAUAACCGUAAAAUUUGCUUUUCUUGGUGGAAUAUCUUGUAUUGUCGAUGAUAUUAAGAGAAGGCUUAAAUCUCUAUCGAUGGAUAUACAGACUUUUUAUACUGUUGUGAAUGAUUUUUCUGAUGUAAGGGAUGACACCAGCACAUUUUAUCGGACUUCACAAGUCCCUGCAGUCACGGUUGUUAGAAGACCAUUAGAACGAAUACUUGUUCGAUAUAAAAAUAUUCCACCGGUUUUAGAUCGUAUAAUACGCCUUGAAAAAACUUAUUCUUGUCGUGAAAAAAUUUUGCACAAUGCUAUUGCCCAAUAUUUAUGUUGCAAACGCCGAAUAUGGUAUAUAAAAUCAUUUUGUACUGAUUAUCUUGUCUCAGCUUUAUCCGCUGAAUAUAUUCUGCAUACAAUACUUCAGUAA